GUUGAGGAAACUUCUAUUGAAGAACAACCUGAAGAAGUUAAAGAGCUUCCUGAAGAAGUUCGUAUUGUGGAGUCUAUUUCUGAAGAUGGUAAACCCAAGAAGAAGGUUGUCCGUACCCGUGUUAUCAAAAAGGUUAAGGGUGGCAAACAAGAAGUCACCAAGAUCGAAACAGUUGAAGAAGAUGACAAACAACCUGAAACUACAGUUACUGUUGAGGAAACUCCUAUUGAAGAACAACCCGAAGAAAUCAGAGAACUUCCAGAAGAAGUUCGUGUUGUGGAGUCUAUUUCUAAAGAUGGUAAACCCAAGAAGAAGGUUGUCCGUACCCGUGUUAUCAAAAAGGUUAAGGGUGGCAAACAAGAAGUCACCAAGAUUGAAACCGUAGAAGAAGAUGACAAACAACCUGAAACCACAGUUACAGUUGAAGAAACUCCUAUUGAAGAACAACCUGAAGAUGUUAAAGAGCUUCCUGAAGAAGUUCGUGUUGUGGAGUCUAUUUCUGAGGAUGGUAAGCCCAAGAAGAAGGUUGUCCGUACCCGUGUUAUCAAAAAGGUUAAGGGUGGCAAACAAGAAGUCACCAAGAUUGAAACCGUAGAAGAAGAUGACAAACAACCUGAAACCACAGUUACAGUUGAAGAAACUCCUAUUGAAGAACAACCUGAAGAUGUUAAAGAGCUUCCUGAAGAAGUUCGUGUUGUGGAGUCUAUUUCUGAGGAUGGUAAGCCCAAGAAGAAGGUUGUCCGUACCCGUGUUAUCAAAAAGGUUAAGGGUGGCAAACAAGAAGUCACCAAGAUUGAAACCGUAGAAGAAGAUGACAAACAACCUGAAACCACAGUAACUGUUGAGGAAACUCCUGUUGAAGAACAACCUGAAGAAAUCAAAGAGCUUCCAGAAGAAGUCCGUGUCGUGGAGUCUAUUUCUGAAGAUGGUAAACCCAAGAAGAAGGUUGUCCGUACCCGUGUUAUCAAAAAGGUUAAGGGUGGCAAACAAGAAGUCACCAAGAUCGAAACAGUUGAAGAAGAUGACAAACAACCUGAAACUACAGUUACUGUUGAGGAAACUCCUAUUGAAGAACAACCCGAAGAAAUCAGAGAACUUCCAGAAGAAGUUCGUGUUGUGGAGUCUAUUUCUAAAGAUGGUAAACCCAAGAAGAAGGUUGUCCGUACCCGUGUUAUCAAAAAGGUUAAGGGUGGCAAACAAGAAGUCACCAAGAUUGAAACCGUAGAAGAAGAUGACAAACAACCUGAAACCACAGUUACAGUUGAGGAAACUCCUAUUGAAGAACAACCUGAAGAAGUUAAAGAGCUUCCUGAAGAAGUUCGUGUUGUGGAGUCUAUUUCUGAAGAUGGUAAACCCAAGAAGAAGGUUGUCCGUACCCGUGUUAUCAAAAAGGUUAAGGCUGGCAAACAAGAAGUCACCAAGAUUGAAACCGUAGAAGAAGAUGACAAACAACCUGAAACCACAGUUACUGUUGAGGAAACUCCUAUUGAAGAACAACCUGAAGAAGUUAAAGAACUUCCAGAAGAAGUUCGUGUUGUGGAGUCUAUUUCUAAAGAUGGUAAACCCAAGAAGAAGGUUGUCCGUACCCGUGUUAUCAAAAAGGUUAAGGGUGGCAAACAAGAAGUCACCAAGAUUGAAACCGUAGAAGAAGAUGAGAAACAACCUGAAACCACAGUUACAGUUGAAGAAACUCCUAUUGAAGAACAACCUGAAGAUGUUAAAGAGCUUCCUGAAGAAGUUCGUGUUGUGGAGUCUAUUUCUGAGGAUGGUAAGCCCAAGAAGAAGGUUGUCCGUACCCGUGUUAUCAAAAAGGUUAAGGGUGGCAAACAAGAAGUCACCAAGAUUGAAACCGUAGAAGAAGAUGACAAACAACCUGAAACCACAGUAACUGUUGAGGAAACUCCUGUUGAAGAACAACCUGAAGAAAUCAAAGAGCUUCCAGAAGAAGUCCGUGUCGUGGAGUCUAUUUCUGAAGAUGGUAAACCCAAGAAGAAGGUUGUCCGUACCCGUGUUAUCAAAAAGGUUAAGGGUGGCAAACAAGAAGUCACCAAGAUCGAAACAGUUGAAGAAGAUGACAAACAACCUGAAACUACAGUUACUGUUGAGGAAACUCCUAUUGAAGAACAACCCGAAGAAAUCAGAGAACUUCCAGAAGAAGUUCGUGUUGUGGAGUCUAUUUCUAAAGAUGGUAAACCCAAGAAGAAGGUUGUCCGUACCCGUGUUAUUAAAAAGGUUAAGGGUGGCAAACAAGAAGUCACCAAGAUUGAAACCGUAGAAGAAGAUGACAAACAACCUGAAACCACAGUUACAGUUGAGGAAACUCCUAUUGAAGAACAACCUGAAGAAGUUAAAGAGCUUCCUGAAGAAGUUCGUGUUGUGGACUCUAUUUCUGAGGAUGGUAAGCCCAAGAAGAAGGUUGUCCGUACCCGUGUUAUCAAAAAGGUUAAGGGUGGCAAACAAGAAGUCACCAAGAUUGAAACCGUAGAAGAAGAUGACAAACAACCUGAAACCACAGUUACUGUUGAGGAAACUCCUAUUGAAGAACAACCUGAAGAAGUUAAAGAGCUUCCUGAAGAAGUUCGUAUUGUGGAGUCUAUUUCUGAAGAUGGUAAACCCAAGAAGAAGGUUGUCCGUACCCGUGUUAUCAAAAAGGUUAAGGGUGGCAAACAAGAAGUCACCAAGAUCGAAACAGUUGAAGAAGAUGACAAACAACCUGAAACUACAGUUACUGUUGAGGAAACUCCUAUUGAAGAACAACCCGAAGAAAUCAGAGAACUUCCAGAAGAAGUUCGUGUUGUGGAGUCUAUUUCUAAAGAUGGUAAACCCAAGAAGAAGGUUGUCCGUACCCGUGUUAUCAAAAAGGUUAAGGGUGGCAAACAAGAAGUCACCAAGAUUGAAACCGUAGAAGAAGAUGACAAACAACCUGAAACCACUGUUACAGUUGAGGAAACUCCUAUUGAAGAACAACCUGAAGAAGUUAAAGAGCUUCCUGAAGAAGUUCGUGUUGUGGAGUCUAUUUCUGAGGAUGGUAAGCCCAAGAAGAAGGUUGUCCGUACCCGUGUUAUCAAAAAGGUUAAGGGUGGCAAACAAGAAGUCACAAAGAUUGAAACCGUAGAAGAAGAUGACAAACAACCUGAAACCACAGUUACUGUUGAGGAAACUCCUAUUGAAGAACAACCUGAAGAAGUUAAAGAGCUUCCUGAAGAAGUUCGUGUUGUGGAGUCUAUUUCUGAAGAUGGUAAACCCAAGAAGAAGGUUGUCCGUACCCGUGUUAUCAAAAAGGUUAAGGGUGGCAAACAAGAAGUCACCAAGAUUGAAACCGUAGAAGAAGAUGACAAACAACCUGAAACCACAGUUACUGUUGAGGAAACUCCUAUUGAAGAACAACCUGAAGAAGUUAAAGAGCUUCCUGAAGAAGUUCGUGUUGUGGAGUCUAUUUCUGAAGAUGGUAAACCCAAGAAGAAGGUUGUCCGUACCCGUGUUAUCAAAAAGGUUAAGGGUGGCAAACAAGAAGUCACCAAGAUUGAAACCGUAGAAGAAGAUGACAAACAACCUGAAACCACAGUUACUGUUGAGGAAACUCCUAUUGAAGAACAACCUGAAGAAGUUAAAGAGCUUCCUGAAGAAGUUCGUGUUGUGGAGUCUAUUUCUGAAGAUGGUAAACCUAAGAAGAAGGUUGUCCGUACCCGUGUUAUCAAAAAGGUUAAGGGUGGAAAACAAGAAGUCACCAAGAUUGAAACCGUUGAAGAAGAUGACAAACAACCUGAAACCACUGUUACUGUUGAGGAAACUCCUAUUGAAGAACAACCUGAAGAAGUUAAAGAGCUUCCUGAAGAAGUUCGUGUUGUGGAGUCUAUUUCUGAAGAUGGUAAACCCAAGAAGAAGGUUGUCCGUACCCGUGUUAUCAAAAAGGUUAAGGGUGGCAAACAAGAAGUCACCAAGAUUGAAACCGUAGAAGAAGAUGACAAACAACCUGAAACCACUGUUACUGUUGAGGAAACUCCUAUUGAAGAACAACCUGAAGAAGUUAAAGAGCUUCCUGAAGAAGUUCGUGUUGUGGAGUCUAUUUCUGAAGAUGGUAAACCUAAGAAGAAGGUUGUACGUACACGUGUUAUCAAAAAGGUUAAGGGUGGCAAACAAGAAGUCACCAAGAUUGAAACCGUAGUAGAAGAUGACAAACAAGCUGAAACCACUGUUACUGUUGAGGAAACUCCUAUUGAAGAACAACCUGAAGAAGUUAAAGAGCUUCCUGAAGAAGUUCGUGUUGUGGAGUCUAUUUCUGAAGAUGGUAAACCUAAGAAGAAGGUUGUGCGUACACGUGUUAUCAAAAAGGUUAAGGGUGGCAAACAAGAAGUCACCAAGAUUGAAACCGUAGAAGAAGAUGACAAACAACCUGAAACCACAGUUACAGUUGAGGAAACUCCUAUUGAAGAACAACCUGAAGAAGUUAAAGAGCUUCCUGAAGAAGUUCGUGUUGUGGAGUCUAUUUCUGAAGAUGGUAAACCCAAGAAGAAGGUUGUCCGUACCCGUGUUAUCAAAAAGGUUAAGGGUGGCAAACAAGAAGUCACCAAGAUUGAAACCGUAGAAGAAGAUGACAAACAACCUGAAACCACAGUUACUGUUGAGGAAACUGCUAUUGAAGAACAACCUGAAGAAGUUAAAGAGCUUCCUGAAGAAGUCCGUGUUGUGGAGUCUAUUUCUGAAGAUGGUAAACCUAAGAAGAAGGUUGUCCGUACACGUGUUAUCAAAAAGGUUAAGGGUGGCAAACAAGAAGUCACCAAGAUUGAAACCGUAGAAGAAGAUGACAAACAACCUGAAACCACAGUUACAGUUGAGGAAACUCCUAUUGAAGAACAACCUGAAGAAGUUAAAGAGCUUCCUGAAGAAGUUCGUGUUGUGGAGUCUAUUUCUGAAGAUGGUAAACCCAAGAAGAAGGUUGUCCGUACCCGUGUUAUCAAAAAGGUUAAGGGUGGCAAACAAGAAGUCACCAAGAUUGAAACCGUAGAAGAAGAUGACAAACAACCUGAAACCACUGUUACUGUUGAGGAAACUCCUAUUGAAGAACAACCUGAAGAAGUUAAAGAGCUUCCUGAAGAAGUUCGUGUUGUGGAGUCUAUUUCUGAAGAUGGUAAACCUAAGAAGAAGGUUGUACGUACACGUGUUAUCAAAAAGGUUAAGGGUGGCAAACAAGAAGUCACCAAGAUUGAAACCGUAGUAGAAGAUGACAAACAACCUGAAACCACUGUUACUGUUGAGGAAACUCCUAUUGAAGAACAACCUGAAGAAGUUAAAGAGUUUCCUGAAGAAGUUCGUGUUGUGGAGUCUAUUUCUGAAGAUGGUAAACCUAAGAAGAAGGUUGUGCGUACACGUGUUAUCAAAAAGGUUAAGGGUGGCAAACAAGAAGUCACCAAGAUUGAAACCGUAGAAGAAGAUGACAAACAACCUGAAACCACAGUUACAGUUGAGGAAACUCCUAUUGAAGAACAACCUGAAGAAGUUAAAGAGCUUCCUGAAGAAGUUCGUGUUGUGGAGUCUAUUUCUGAAGAUGGUAAACCCAAGAAGAAGGUUGUCCGUACCCGUGUUAUCAAAAAGGUUAAGGGUGGCAAACAAGAAGUCACCAAGAUUGAAACCGUAGAAGAAGAUGACAAACAACCUGAAACCACUGUUACUGUUGAGGAAACUCCUAUUGAAGAACAACCUAAAGAAGUUAAAGAGCUUCCUGAAGAAGUUCGUGUUGUGGAGUCUAUUUCUGAAGAUGGUAAACCUAAGAAGAAGGUUGUACGUACACGUGUUAUCAAAAAGGUUAAGGGUGGCAAACAAGAAGUCACCAAGAUUGAAACCGUAGUAGAAGAUGACAAACAACCUGAAACCACUGUUACUGUUGAGGAAACUCCUAUUGAAGAACAACCUGAAGAAGUUAAAGAGCUUCCUGAAGAAGUUCGUGUUGUGGAGUCUGUUUCUGAAGAUGGUAAACCUAAGAAGAAGGUUGUGCGUACACGUGUUAUCAAAAAGGUUAAGGGUGGCAAACAAGAAGUCACCAAGAUUGAAACCGUAGAAGAAGAUGACAAACAACCUGAAACCACAGUUACAGUUGAGGAAACUCCUAUUGAAGAACAACCUGAAGAAGUUAAAGAGCUUCCUGAAGAAGUUCGUGUUGUGGAGUCUAUUUCUGAAGAUGGUAAACCCAAGAAGAAGGUUGUCCGUACCCGUGUUAUCAAAAAGGUUAAGGGUGGCAAACAAGAAGUCACCAAGAUAGAAACCGUAGAAGAAGAUGACAAACAACCUGAAACCACAGUUACUGUUGAGGAAACUCCUAUUGAAGAACAACCUGAAGAAGUUAAAGAGCUUCCUGAAGAAGUUCGUGUUGUGGAGUCUAUUUCUGAAGAUGGUAAACCCAAGAAGAAGGUUGUCCGUACCCGUGUUAUCAAAAAGAUUAAGGGUGGCAAACAAGAAGUCACCAAGAUUGAAACCGUAGAAGAAGAUGACAAACAACCUGAAACCACAGUUACAGUUGAGGAAACUCCUAUUGAAGAACAACCUGAAGAAGUUAAAGAGCUUCCUGAAGAAGUUCGUGUUGUGGAGUCUAUUUCUGAAGAUGGUAAACCCAAGAAGAAGGUUGUCCGUACCCGUGUUAUUAAAAAGGUUAAGGGUGGCAAACAAGAAGUCACCAAGAUUGAAACCGUAGAAGAAGAUGACAAACAACCUGAAACCACAGUUACUGUUGAGGAAACUCCUAUUGAAGAACAACCUGAAGAAGUUAAAGAGCUGCCUGAAGAAGUUCGUGUUGUUGAGUCUAUUUCUGAAGAUGGUAAACCCAAGAAGAAGGUUGUCCGUACCCGUAUUAUCAAAAAGGUUAAGGGUGGCAAACAUGAAGUCACCAAGAUUGAAACCGUAGAAGAAGGUGACAAACAACCUGAAACCACAGUAACUGUUGAGGAAACUCCUAUUGAAGAACAAUCUGAAGAUGUUAAAGAGCUUCCUGAAGAAGUUCGUGUUGUGGAGUCUAUUUCUGAAGAUGGUAAACCCAAGAAGAAGGUUGUCCGUACCCGUGUUAUCAAAAAGGUUAAGGGUGGCAAACAAGAAGUCACCAAGAUUGAAACCGUAGAAGAAGAUGACAAACAACCUGAAACCACAGUUACUGUUGAGGAAACUCCUAUUGAAGAACAACCUGAAGAUGUUAAAGAGCUUCCUGAAGAAGUUCAUGUUGUGGAGUCUAUUUCUGAAGAUGGUAAACCCAAGAAGAAGGUUGUCCGUACCCGUGUUAUCAAAAAGGUUAAGGGUGGCAAACAAGAAGUCACCAAGAUUGAAACCGUAGAAGAAGAUGACAAACAACCUGAAACCACCGUAACUGUUGAGGAAACUCCUAUUGAAGAACAACCUGAAGAAGUUAAAGAGCUUCCUGAAGAAGUUCGUGUUGUGGAGUCUAUUUCUGAAGAUGGUAAACCCAAGAAAAAGAUUGUCCGUAUCCGUGUUAUCAAAAAGGUUAAGGGUGGCAAACAAGAAGUCACCAAGAUUGAAACCGUAGAAGAAGAUGACAAACAACCUGAAACCACAGUAACUGUUGAGGAAACUCCUAUUGAAGAACAACCUGAAGAAGUUAAAGAGCUUCCUGAAGAAGUCCAUGUUGUGGAGUCUAUUUCUGAAGAUGGUAAACCCAAGAAGAAGGUUGUCCGUACCCGUGUUAUCAAAAAGGUUAAGGGUGGCAAACAAGAAGUCACCAAGAUUGAAACCGUAGAAGAAGAUGACAAACAACCUGAAACCACAGUUACAGUUGAGGAAACUCCUAUUGAAGAACAACCUGAAGAAGUUAAAGAGCUUCCUGAAGAAGUUCGUGUUGUGGAGUCUAUUUCUGAAGAUGGUAAACCCAAGAAGAAGGUUGUCCGUACCCGUGUUAUCAAAAAGGUUAAGGGUGGCAAACAAGAAGUCACCAAGAUUGAAACCGUAGAAGAAGAUGACAAACAACCUGAAACCACAGUAACUGUUGAGGAAACUCCUAUUGAAGAACAACCUGAAGAAGUUAAAGAGCUUCCUGAAGAAGUUCGUGUUGUGGAGUCUAUUUCUGAAGAUGGUAAACCCAAGAAGAAGGUUGUCCGUACCCGUGUUAUCAAAAAGGUAAAGGGUGGCAAACAAGAAGUCACCAAGAUUGAAACCGUAGAAGAAGAUGACAAACAACCUGAAACCACAGUAACUGUUGAGGAAACUCCUGUUGAAGAACAACCUGAAGAAGUUAAAGAGCUUCCUGAAGAAGUUCGUGUUGUGGAGUCUAUUUCUGAAGAUGGUAAACCCAAGAAGAAGGUUGUCCGUACCCGUGUUAUCAAAAAGGUUAAGGGUGGCAAACUAGAAGUCACCAAGAUUGAAACCGUAGAAGAAGAUGACAAACAACCUGAAACCACAGUAACUGUUGAGGAAACUCCUAUUGAAGAACAACCUGAAGAAGUAAAAGAGCUUCCUGAAGAAGUUCGUGUUGUGGAGUCUAUUUCUGAAGAUGGUAAACCCAAGAAGAAGGUUGUCCGUACCCGUGUUAUCAAAAAAGUUAAGGGUGGCAAACAAGAAGUCACCAGGAUUGAAACCGUAGAAGAAGAUGACAAACAACCUGAAACCACAGUAACUGUUGAGGAAACUCCUGUUGAAGAACAACCUGAAGAAGUUAAAGAAUGGUAA